AAAAAAUCAGGCACCUACCUUGAGGCGUUGAUGAAUCGACGUGGUUAAAUAUAGAGAACUAUUCACCAAAACCCAAUUCGUGAGACAUAACUCAAGCUUUUUUCAAGUGUAUAGAUCGAAUUGGAUAUUGAAAUAUUUAAACAAGCAAAAAGUAACUUCGAGACAUUUAAAUUUUUUCUCUGUUUUCGUGCAAAUAUGCAUCGCAGUUUUUCAGUAGAAGAAAAUAAUGACCACAAGAGAAUUAUUUCCAAUAAUGAUCAUGAUGAGGAAAAACCCACCAUUGUACCACAAACAUUACUUAACGACUCUAAUAUUUCAGAUGUUGAAAAGUGUGAUAAAACAGACAAUGUCAGUCGUAUAGUGGAUGCUUUAAGAUGUGCACUUGUUAGUUUCGAAAGGCAUAUACAGGCAGAAAACAGUUGCACGGAUGAUAUUAGGAAUCUAUGCAAUGAAGCUAAAUCGUUGCAAGCAAAAUUAAGAGACAAAAAAUGUUUGAUAAUAAGUCAUUUUCAGAAUGUUGUUUCAAAUCUUGCUGAGGAAAAUUGAAAUGAUACUUGAACUAACUACGAGUCAAACUCAUCUUUUUUUCAAAAAAUAAAUACAAGUUAUGCAUAUUUAUGAACCAGGAAUUUGUGGCCAGAAAAAUUGCUCGUCGAAAGACUGUUAAACUAUAGUAUAGCAGGAAUCUACAUUACCAAUCGUAAGCAUCGAUGUGGAAAUAAAAACUUUGUGAUUACUAAAAUCAAA